GACAAAGAAGCUAAACUUUACAGAGGUCAAGUGAAUUGCUGGACAUCACAUGCCUAGGCUGGAUUAGAAUUCAAGACUCUGGAAUUUAGGGCCCAGGCCUAUGCCCUAUCCUGGCCAGAGUUCUAGGAAAAGAGAACUCACUCAACGGCAGGGCAAGAACACUUUGGCACUGGGGACCCAGAAGGGAAGUGGUAACAGGGACGGACCAGACCUCCUCUCACUCGUUUACAAAAGGGCAAAACCAAGAGAAACCAGCUGGAGCUGCGGCUCUCUGAACCCCAGGCUGAGCCUGUGGAUCUGAAUACAAAAUAGCCAGGAAGGCUCUCCAGGCUCCGGGGGCCCAUCCGCUGACAACCUCACGCUGCCUGGGCCAGACCCAGUAGAAGCCAAAGCCUGUCCAUGGAGGGAUGCUGGCAGAUGGAGAUGACCAAUGGCUCAGAGAGUGGCUUGGAGUUCAACCCUAUGAAGGAUUACAUGAUCCUGAGUGAUGCCCAGAAGAUAGCUGUGGCGGUGCUGUGUACCCUGCUGGGCCUGCUAAGUGCCCUGGAGAACAUGGCGGUGCUGUAUCUUAUACUGUCCUCCCAGCAGCUCCGCAGGAAGCCCUCGUACCUGUUCAUCGGCAGUUUGGCUGGAGCUGACUUCCUGGCCAGUGUGAUCUUUGCCUGCAACUUUGUAAUUUUCCAUGUCUUCCAUGGUGUUGAUUCCAAGGCCAUCUUCCUGCUGAAGAUUGGCAGUGUGACCAUGACCUUCACAGCCUCCGUGGGCAGCCUGCUGCUGACGGCUGUUGAUCGAUACCUAUGUCUGUGCUACCCAUCUACCUACAAAGCUCUAGUCACCCGUGGGAGGGCACUGGUGGCCCUUUGUGUCAUGUGGGUCCUCUCGGCAUUUAUCUCCUACCUGCCUCUCAUGGGAUGGACUUGUUGUCCUAGUUCCUGCUCGGAACUUUUCCCACUGAUCCCCAAUGACUAUCUACUGGGAUGGCUCCUAUUCAUUACCAUCCUCUUCGCCGGCAUCAUCUACACCUACGGGUAUGUUCUCUGGAAAGCCCACCAGCACGUAGCCAGCAUGGCAGAGCAUCAGGACAGGCAGGUUCCUGGGAUAACUCGGAUGCGGCUAGAUGUUAGGUUGGCCAAGACCCUGGGGCUGGUACUGGCUGUUCUGCUCAUAUGCUGGUUCCCUGCAUUGGCUCUCAUGGGCCAUAGCCUGGUCACUACGUUGAGUGACAAAGUCAAGGAGGCCUUUGCCUUCUGUUCCAUGCUGUGUCUAGUUAACUCUAUGGUCAAUCCUAUCAUUUAUGCCCUGAGAAGUGGAGAGAUCCGCUCCGCUGCCCAGCACCACCUGGUAAGCUGGAAGAAGUAUCUACAGGGCCUCGGGCCUGAGGGGAAAGAAGAAGCCCCAAGGUCCUCAGUUACAGAGACAGAGGCUGACGUGAAAACCACCCCGGAGCCUGGUUCCAGAAGUCCAGGCUGCUCAAAUUGCUGACAGCACCUAUUUUCCUAUUGGAAACAACCUGGGUGAGAAAUCUGGUCACUCCCUCUAGGAGAGAGGUUUCCCAGACCCCAAAUCACUCCCUCUAGGAGAGAGGUUUCCCAGACCCCUCUUUUGACAAGGAGUGCUGGGCUUCGUGGCUAGAGGGUGGCCUGCUCCUGCCUGCCUGCAGAGUCUGUGGAGCCUGUGGUAGCUGGUAACGAUGGCAGGCUCUGUUCGCAAGUCAGGAAACCCUCCUGACCCCAGUGACGGAGGAGCCAGAGGGGCCUCCAGGGACCACAAUAAAGGACUCCGAGGAGAUCUGAGAAGAUGAAGGGCCUGUUCUCCUGGAAUCACAGAGUACCUUGGUCAGUGUGGUCACUGCCUGCAAAUUCAUCAGUGUCAGUGUCUUCCAUGGUAUGGGUUCCAGGCUGCCCUGCUAAUGACCCGCAGCAAGACCAGCUGGUUCUGGUUCCUGCUUCAUUGUUUGGGACUCCUUGGCUGGCUGUAAGCUAUGUGAGGAUCCACCUUUCAGGCCACCCUUGCCUCUUGAGGAUCAAGAAUUAUGGUGUGCUGAAGAUCAAGGAUGCUGACUCAGACAGGGUCACAGCCAUUAGCUCAGGGUAUCUUGUUGGGCAAGGGCACUCAUGACACUCUGAGAAGCCUUGAAGUCAUUGUGAUUCUAGGUCCCUGGGGGAAACUGGGUUUACUGGAGGUCCAGAGUCUUCGGGGAACCGUACUGACCUUGUUGACAUUCUGCUGUGUCUAGUGUAGUAGCAUGCCAGGCUGGCCUAGCUCCAGUAAAAAGAAAGAUUUUCACAAAGAUUCUCUAGGUCCUAUGUUGUUCCCAGCGAUGUUCAACUCAACCUCCUUGCCUCUUGCACACUCUGGUCCUGCAGGGAUAAGCGAAAGGGGCUGGGGAGAGAAGACAUCCUGCUAUGGUCCUGGCACAGGCUGACAUCCUCCGUCCACAGCCCAUGCUGUGUCUCUGCAUACCUGAACUUUAUUUUCACCAAGGGAUAACCCCAACAGAGGAAGGUUCAAGACACUGCUGGUGGCAGGAGGAGCAGCACCAGGAGCCAGAGGCACCGUGAAAGCAAAGCUAUCCAUUAAGCACAACAUUUAAUACUUACAAAGGGAUGUGUGCUUCCUGUACGCUUGCUAUUUCAUCUGCAUCAUAAAUACGUUGUGCCAGGCUGUGUGCAGUCCAGGGUAUCCCGCCACAAAGGAGCCGGACCCCAUCGGGGCUGGUGGUCUACAUUCUGAUAAGAAGUGAGUCAGGGAAGCUGAGCCUGGUGGAGCAGGCCUGUUAAUUCCAGAUCCUAAGUUCAAAGCCUGCCCUGAGCUCUAUGUGCGGAGUUCAAGUUCAGUUCAGGCAAAUUGGUGGGACCCAGUGUCAAAAUAAAAAAUAAAGGGCUGGAGAGAUAGCUCAUGGAGGGAUGGCUCAGAGGUUAAGAGCACUGGCCGCUCUUCCAGAGGUCCUGAGUUCAAUUCCUAGCAGCCACAUGGUAGCUGAUAACCAUCUGUAAUGAGAUCUGGUGCCCUCUUUGGGCCUGCAGGCAUACAUGCAGGCAAGGCACUGUAUACAUAAUAAAUAAAUGUUUAAAACAAUAAAUGAAUGAAUAAAUAAAUGAAUGGCUGGAGCAGGGCAUAGUGGUAUGCAAAUAUAAUCAGGUAGAAUUGCUGAAAGUUUGAGGCCAGCCUCCCCUACAUGAGACAUUGUCUCUCUGUCUCUCUUUUUUUUUUAAUGUGUAGGGGUGUUUUGCUGCAUGCAUGUCUGUGCAAUACAUGUAUGCCUGGUGCUCACAGAGACCAGAGGAGGGCGUCAGAUCCAGUGGUGAGCUGCCAUGGGUCCUCUGGAAGAACAGCCAGUGCUCUUAACCUCUCGCCAUCUCUCAGGCCCUGAAUCCAGUUCUUACACACUUUCUACUUUUGCUUUAAGUAGAGAGGAGGAGUUUACAAAGGAAGAAAAGAGGUCAAGGCAAGGGCCCUGGGUAGAGAUGAGAAACAUCUUUGUUUAGAUGAUGAUCCAGCCAGCAGACAAAACUUGCCCAUUGCCCAGAGAAACAAAUGAGGUGGUGUCCAGUGUAAAAAAACUCAGGCUCCCUAAUAAUGCAGGUCUGUCCAUUCUGCUACAGACUCUCCCAUUUGCCUCUGCAAGAUGACAUGUUGGUUUCUCUGUUAGGACAAGUGAAGGUCAUGGUGUCCCACUUUAUUCUCCCCAAGACAAGUUCUGUGCAUCAGAGGCCACUGCAAAUUCUAAUCACUAUUGGAAGGAUGAGGGGGAUAAGUGUGCUUAGUGUUUUAGAUCAUAUUUCAACAUUAACUUGGGAAGGAAGAAACAGAAAAUAUCCUGUUUCCUUAUUGCUCAUAAAAGGAGGAAGCAACUGGUCUAUCAGCUGAUUUUCUCCAAGGUGCCAGGCAAAGU